AUGUCGGGCGUGCUUACGUCAAUCCCCAACAAAUCUCAGUUCUAUAUAUUUGCUGUAUUUACUACCACAGCCGCGUUGGACUUGACCCCGUUCCACGACCAGCGUGUGGUCUUCGACAUGUUGGCCCUCGCUAUGAGCUCCCUCUUCGCCGCCCUCAUCUUUGUCUAUCUCUUUAUGCCCGCCCUCUGGAGAGCUAUAACCUCUGCUGACGACUGUGAUGUCCACCAAGCCAGUCUAGCAGUCGUUGCUGCUCGCAAUCCCGUCAGAGAAACCGGUCCACCCGCGAACAUGGCAAAACUCAUUCUCCUUCGUCACAAGAUCCAAAUUGCGAACAGAAAACGACGGAAUUCAUCAGUAACGCGGCCAUACGUUGUUCCUAUCUGUUCGUCUCCGUCGCGUCCUCCAAAAGCACCGUGGUUACGGUUCGGUCGCCCCUUCACUGGAAGACAAAACCAUUGACUUGGAAGUGUUCUUGGUUCCAACACAAUCUGUAAAUCAUCUAUACCCCUUCCUUAUCUACCGACUGAGUGGAUCUGUGUACUUAUACCUUGCAACCGUCGUGCUUUGAGCCCGUUCGCGCUUUUUCUGCUACCUAUUUCGAGUACUAAUAUUCGACCGCCUUGCCUAGUUUUUCUACCUAUUCGUUUAAGUAGACACAAUUUCUUGCGAAAUCCAACCCCCUACCCCCACCCCCUACCCCCACCCCAAGAAAAUAAGUGACACCACUUGACAGUACUCAAAAUCUGAUUGGCUGAGCCACUUACGCGCAAUUCAAUUCAUCAAGUCAAAAGUCCUUAGAUACAGAC